AUGUGUCUGCCUCCUUCCGCAUUGGCAUCUACCUUGUCAAGCACGUUCAAACGAGAUGUCCUCGCUCAUUUCACACCCACCCUAAUUUUGCAAUCCACCUUUCUGCAAUAUGUCAUUGAAGCCGAGUAUUCGAUACUGGAGAAGAUCCUCUUUUUCGUUUUGCUACUGUUAACGAUUGUGCAGAGAGAUGUUGAACAGGGUUUUCUGAACGGCAUGCUGGACAUUUUUACGUAUGCAGAUGAAAUUUCUAUUGGUUUAGAUUUCAUAUCCUUCGUAGUCAAUCUUGAUCUGAUGAAGGGGGCUUAUGUUUUCCAUCUUUCUUUGUUGCUCAAAUAUUAUUUGAAGGUGUAUGAAGAUGAAAAGCUGAGAAAAAACAAGAAACAAGUUGAUGAUUGAUGAUUGAUGAUUGAGUUACGUGAUCUAGAAGGUAAUGGUGGGAAUUAAGUAUUCCAUUGGGCUAUUUUAUUUCUGCUUAUUGUAAAAUUUAUUAAAAAAAACAUUGGAAUAAAAUGCUAUAGUACUGAAAUGUACUGAAAUGGUUGUUAACAGUGUAUGCAUAGAAGACUCUUAAAGGUUUUUGUUCAAUUGAUUUUUGUUUCUAAAAGUUACCAUGUCAGGUAAAUUGAGGUUUUUCUUUUUAAUUUUGAAGGCUUUUGCUUUUGAGUCAAAUGCAACCCAUGUUUUGAUUCUGAAAGCUUUUGUUUGUUUUACAUUCUAAGGUAAAGUUGAGGUUUUUGUUUGUUUAUUCAAAUAAGCUUUGUUUGUCUAAUGUUUUAGUGAUUGAUAGCAAAGUUCAAAGUAAUUUAAAUAAUUUUUGGUUCUUUGGAUUUAAAAGUAAUUCAAUUCUAUUUGAUGGGAUUGGUUUAUGUUUUGGUAGGAUUUUUCUAUCUUUUUUUGGUUGGGUUUAAAGUUGGAGACAUGAGUCCUAUAAAGUAAAAAUGACAUGGGAGUGAAAAGAAUAUGAAUUGGUUAUCUUUGUAGCUGAAAACUAUAUGCAUAGUAAUUAGUACAUUGCCAAUGACCAAAGUUGUCAAAAGUGAAAGAGAUGAUUCAGUUUUAUAAGUGUAAUCACGU